AUGACUGAACAGACAAGUGAAGUCGGUCACCUCAAGAUUCGAGCUUGCUUGCUGCUGGUGGUGUGCCUAUGGCAAUGGACACAGCAAACUCUGGCAACGCCAUGCCAGGAUGGUGAACUGAGAAUAAUCCAUAAAGAGGAAAAGAAAUGCUGCCCCAAAUGCAGCUCAAACACAGACAACAGCACAUGUCCAAAUAUCGAGGACGAUGACUGCAGAUGUCAUCAGGGAUACAGCUGUAUUGAUAGUGCAUGUCUCUACUGCAAGAAGCUGCCUGAAUGCGCCGAGGGCGAGGAGCUGGUUAGGCGUGGCAUUGUAGACUUCACAUUCGUGUGUAAACCGUGCGAGACGGGAACCUAUUCUAAUGUUAAGAAUGGCAGGUGCCGUAACUGGACUGAUUGUGAAAGUUCUGGGUUUCUAACAAUCAAGCAAGGCAACAGUACACAUAAUGCAAUAUGUGGUUUCCCUGCUAAAGAUCUGGAGCAAGCUCCUAUUACAAAUGACUCUCGAUAUACCACCAUCCUGGCCAUCCUUACUGCAGUGGCUGUAUUUGUUCUCAUCUUGCUGACCUUCUUCUUGCACUUCUGCAUAUGGUCACUGAAGAAAGAAAAAUACCACACAGCUGACGAUCUGGAACAUAACUUCCCUAGGCUGCCGGUGGCUUCACAACCACCACACCAGAGAGAAGAGACUUACAGCUGCCAGUUUCCAGAAGAAGAACAUGGAGACAAAGCACCAGAAGAAAAGCCUUGCUAUUUCCACCCUCAGAGUCUACAAUGA